AUGGAAGACAGCGACGACAACUGUGGCGUGCUGGAGAACUGCAAGUGUGAGGCAGCGCGGCAGACCAAUGACAUCACCUUCAGCACCAACAUAAGCCCCGCCCCCGGUCUGCGGAGGAAACAGCUGAUGUGGCAAAAUGCCGUCAGGAACAUCAUUGACCAACACAACGUGUACUCGCUGAGGCUCGCAGGAGGCCUGGAGAGAGGGAGGCACCGCAUCACUGUCACAGACGCCUACAUCGCCGACAUCAACAGGCAGAUUCGCAGCAAGGCGUCCAGUGGAACGUUGUGGCAGAAGCGGCGCUCGUCGGCUGCUCGUAUCCACCCGGCGACACCGAGGAUCACCGCGGCAACAGAGACGAAACACGACUCCCUCUGUGACGCAGAUUUCUUCGUGUCAGUGGGGUCGACAGUACGAGGGGUCUUCAUCCCCGCUCUGCAGCACACAUUCAAGUCAGCAGACUUGGAGCAGCUGUAUCAGCAGUUUUCUUCUGGUCAGAGAAGAACGUCACUGGUCGUCACCAACGUCAUCGACAUCCUCACCAGACUCCUCAUCUCUCUGCUAACAUGGCCGCCGUCACAAGGUGGCGUCGCCUGUGAUUGGCUGGCCGGCGUGUCUGUUGUCCUGUGGGCGGGGAUCAGCGUGCUGGCUCUGACCAGGAGGGAGGUGAUGUUGUCGCCGCAGUCGCUGAGGUAUGCUGGGAAAUGCCGCUGGUUGUCUCAGACCGUCCAGGUGUUGGUCGGUGUUUUCGGUUGGGCGGAGAGCGAUCACUCCUGGUAUGUCUUCUUCACCCUGUUCUCCACCUACAACCUGCUGCCCCUCCCCCUCCUCUGGUCCAUCGUAGCCGGGGCAACCACCUCCACCCUGCACCUGCUGGUGGACGUCUGCUGUCACUAUGACGACCACACCUCCAUCAGAAAGGUGUUGGCGAAGGCCUUGUUGUACCUGGCUAUGAACACAGCUGGUCUGUUCAUCCAUUACCUGUCAGACCGGACUCAGAGACAGUCCUUCCUGGAGACCAGGCGCUGCAUCGAGGGACGAGUCCGGCUGGAGAGAGAGAACCACAGACAGGAGCGUCUGGUGAUGUCCAUCCUGCCUCGCUUCCUGGUUCUGGAGAUGAUCGCUGACAUGGUCACCAUGGAGGAAUACCUGCUGCCUCAGCAGUUCCACAAGAUCUACAUCCACCACUACAAAGACGUCAGCAUCCUGUUCGCAGACAUCAUCGGCUUCACUUCUCUCUCGCUGAUUCUCUCGGCUCAGGAUCUCGUUAAAACUCUUAACGAACUCUUCGGUCGCUUUGACAGGCUGGCCGAGGAGCAUCAGUGUUUGCGUAUUAAGAUCCUGGGUGACUGUUACUACUGCGUGUCAGGAGUCCCAGAGCCUCAAAGAGGACACGCCCGCUGCUGUGUGGAGAUGGGCCUCAGCAUGAUCAACACCAUACGGUACAUUCGUCGGGAGCUGCAGCAGGAGGUAGACAUGAGGAUCGGCGUCCACUCUGGUUCGGUUCUUUGUGGCGUCCUGGGUCUUCAGAAGUGGCAGUUUGACAUCUGGAGCUGGGACGUCGACAUCGCCAACAGUCUGGAGGCAGCAGGAAUGCCAGGGCAGAUUCACAUCUCUCGGGCCACUCUGGACUGCCUGGGCGGGCUCUACGAGACGGAGGCGGGACACGGCCGGGAGCGCAAUGAGAUGCUACGGAAACACAACAUCGACACGUACCUGAUCCGCCCAGCGCCGCGGGAGGAGGCGGAGCCGCCGAAAGUGAGACGGCCGAGUUACGAGGAGAUGACGACAUGGAACGCGGAGUUGCCGUUCGGAGACAUCCUGGGGAUGAAUUUUAUCCUCGCCACUUUCACCAAUGGCUCACUGACCCAGCUGCCCAAUCAGAUCGCGGCUCAGAAGUCGGGAUCACAAGAGGUCAACAAGAGGAUCCGUCAGGCCAUGGAGGUGCGGAGCAGCGAGCUAAUGAGGAAGGAGCACAUCACCACCUUCACCCAGGUGUUCAAGGACUCCCACAUGGAGGGAAAGUACUCCCAAAUGAGAGACGAACUCUUCAAGUCCAACAUGGCUUGUUCUUUCAUCCUGCUGCUGCUGCUGAUGGCCGUCCAAGUGCUGAUCCCCGCCCCACGGUUGUGUCCGAUGGUUGCUCAGUUUCUAAUCAGCGGGAGUAUUUACUCCCUGCUCCUGAUGAUUACUCUGGGGGAGGAGUUUAAGCGUUGCCCCGCCCCUCUUCAGUCGCUCUGUUGCUGGAUUCAUGAAACCAAGAGCGUCCGGACUCUGCUCACGCUCACCGCCAUCACUGUCAACUUCGGAGUCGCCUCCUCGGACAUCCUGUGGUGUGAUUCAUCAGACACUCACGUUAACAGCAGUGACUCCCUGCUGUCUCCGCCCGCUUCCCCCUGGCCUGACAUCAACAUCUGUACGCAUCCAGAGUACAUGGUGCUGAGCGGUGUAGUUGCCAUGGUUACCUGCGCAGUGUUCCUCAGGUUGAGUUGUGUGCUGAAGCUCGCUGUCCUCCUGUUGGCUGCCGCCCUCUACACCUACCUCAUAGAGAUACACAGAUUUUAAUUGUUUGUUUUGGUAAAAUUCACAAUCCAAUCACUUUGUGUGUCACUCAGGAAUCAUCACUUGUGUAGGAAGGGAGUUUGUGUCGUUCUCAUGGUGAUGUUCAUUGGAGCCGUUCUCUACAACAGCAGACAUCUGGAGGCGACGGCCCGGCUGGACUUCCUGUGGCGUCUCCAGGCGAGGAAGGAGGUGGAGGACAUGAAGGAGCUGAGGGAACACAACGAGUGUCUGCUGCUCAACAUCCUGCCCGCCCACGUCGCCCAGCACUUCCUGGAGAGAGACCGGAACAAUGAGGAGUUGUACUCGCAGUCGUACGAGCGAGUCGGCGUCCUCUUCGCCUCGCUGCCGGGCUUCUCCAAAUUCUACGAGCAGAAGGAACUCAUUCAUCAGCACGUCGAGUGUCUGCGCCUCCUCAACCACAUCAUCACCGGCUUCGAUGAGCUGAUGGAUGAGUGUUAUUUCCAGGAGGUGGAGAAGAUUAAAACCAUCGGUAGCUCCUACAUGGCAGCUUCUGGUCUCUCUCCUGACCGACAGGAGUGUGAGGACGCCUGGAGUCACCUCACCGAGCUGGUCCUGUUCGCUCUCGCCAUGCAGGAAAUUCUCAAACACAUCAACACACACACAGGAAACAGCUUCCAGCUCCGAGUCGGUAUCGCUCACGGCCCGGUGAUUGCAGGUGUGAUCGGCGCUACCAAACCUCAGUACGACAUCUGGGGCACGACGGUGAACAUGGCGAGCAGGAUGGAGAGCACCGGAGUCAGCGGGAGGAUACAGGUCCCAGAAACGACCAGCUGCAUUCUGGUGGAGCGAGGCUUCCUACGGCAACUCAGAGGGAGCAUUUACAUCAAAGGCAUCAGUGAACGUCACGGCAAGGUUCGUACAUUCUUCGUGAGCAGUCAGGAGGAACGAUCCAGUUUCAUGGAGCGCGGCGGUGGGCGGGGCUUCAGCCUGAACAGGAACACACUGGGAGCUGUGGUGUACAGUCUGGUCCAGGCCAGGAAGAGAGAGAAACUGAGGGAGGAGAACGGAGGGUUUCACCUGGUGGAGGCGUCGUAGGAGGAGGGAAGAGGAUCACACGUCUACCACGUUUUUUAAAGGCAGGUGUGAACACACGGGGAGCGAGAGUAAGAGGUCAAAGGGCACGAAGUGUCCAGUGUCCAUCAAACUCAGGUGAGGUUUUUGAAAAUGAAACCAUGGCGUCAGUGUUUGCCACUGUGAGAAUGUAAGAAGUGUUUUUAACUCCAGGUCCGUUAUCUAAAGACUUGAUGACUUUGUUUUAGAGCAUCUUUGAGUUCAGAUCCUCCAAAUGUGCAAAACGUCAUUCCUCUUCUUAAAUCUGCCUUUUCUGUUGGAGUGACUCCAUCAGAAAAGGCCACAUCCUCCUACAAACCUCAAGUUAUUGUUAAAAACUUUGAAGGCAACUUUUGUUAAAUGGUGUAAAUGAUGUUUAAGGAUGUGUUUGAUGCAUUUUUAGCUUUCUGCGAUACAUUCUCUUUGAAGAGUUUGAAGAAACAUCGGAAACCAACGACCUCUGAUCUGAGUUUAUAAAGUUCCUCAAGACUUUCAGUCGAUCCUGGACGGUGCUGAUAAUUUGGAGAUCUGUGACGUUUACAUUUCACUCAGAGUUUAACUUUCACUUUGGACGACAAU